GUACUGAACCAGGUGCAUCCUAACCUGGUGUCCCAGCAGGAGGCGCUGCAGUACGUGGAGGAGCUGAUCCUGCAGCUGCUCAGUAUGCUGUGUCAGGCUCAGCCGCGCACGUGCCAGGACGUCGAGGAGCGCGUGCAGAAGAGUUUUCCUCACCCGAUCGAUAAGUGGGCACUCAGUGAUGCUCAGAGUGCCAUUGAGAAGAGGAGGAGGAGGAACCCGCUGGCGCUGCCUGUUGAUAAGAUCCAUCCCCUGCUCAAGGAGGUGCUGGGCUAUAAGAUCGACCACCAGGUGUCCGUGUACAUGGUCGCCGUCCUGGAGUACAUCUCUGCGGACAUCCUGAAGCUGGCAGGAAAUUACGUGAGGAACAUUCGACACUAUGAGAUCUCCCAGCAGGAUAUCACCGUGGCCAUGUGUGCCGACAAGGUGUUGAUGAACAUGUUUCACCAGGACGAGGAGGACAUCAGCGGCUUCCCGCUAAUGGAUGAGGAGCCGUCAGCCAAUGAGGAGCAGAGUUACUACGAGCUGGUGAAGAGCUUCAUGGCGGACUGUCGGCAGUACCUGAGGCAGCUCAACCUGAUCAUCAGGGUGUUCAGGGAGCCCUUCAACUCCAACUCCAUGCUCUUCUCCCAGCACGAUGUGGAGAGCAUCUUCAGUCGGAUCCUGGAUAUCCACGAGGUGACGGUGAAGCUGCUCGGUCUGAUCGAGGACACGGUGGAAAUGACCGGCGAGGGAAGUCCUCAUCCUCUGGUGGGGAGCUGCUUCGAGGACCUGGCUGAGGAGUUGGCUUUCGACCCCUAUGAGACGUACGCUCAGGACAUGCUGCGCUCUGGCUUCCAUGAACACUUCCUCAGUCAGGUGUCCAAACCUGGAGCUUCCUUCCACCUGCAGUCCAUCUGCGAGGGCUUUAAAGAGGCCGUUCAGUACGUUCUGCCCAGGCUGCUGCUCACACCUGUUUACCACUGCCUGCACCUGUUCGAGAUCCUCAAGCAACUGGAGGAGAAGAGUCAGGAUGACGAGGAUAAAGAGUGUCUGAAACAGGCCAUCACGGCUCUGCUCAACCUGCAGAGCAGCAUGGAGAGGAUCUGCUCCAGGAGCCUGGCCAAGAGGAGGCUCAGCGAGUCGGCGUGCCGUUUCUACUGCCACCAGAUGAAGGGUAAGCACCUCGCCAUCAAGAAGAUGAACGAGAUCCAAAAGAACAUCGACGGCUGGGAGGGGAAGGACAUCGGCCAGUGCUGCAAUGAGUUCAUCAUGGAGGGUACCUUGACCCGCGUCGGCGCCAAACACGAACGCCACAUCUUCCUGUUCGAUGGCCUGAUGAUCUGCUGCAAGUCUAAUCAUGGCCCGCCGCGGCUGCCUGGUGCCAGUUCUACCGCGGAGUACCGCCUCAAAGAAAAGUUCUUCAUGCGCAAAGUUCAGAUCAACGACAAAGAUGACAAGGAGGGCGAGUACCGCCACGCCUUCGAGAUCAUCCUGAAAGAUGGCAACAGUGUGGUGUUCGCCGCCAAGUCUGCAGAGGAGAAGAACGGCUGGAUGGCGGCGCUGAUCUCGCUGCAGUACCGCAGCACGCUGGAGCGCAUGCUGGACACUGCCAUGCUGCAGGAGGAGAAGGAGGAGCAGAUGAGACUCCCGGGCGCCGAGGUGUACCGUUUCGCCGAGCCCGACUCCGAGGAGAACGUCGUGUUCGAGGAGAACGUCCAGUCCAAGUCCGGCAUUCCCAUCAUCAAGGCGGGGACUGUCCUGAAGCUGAUCGAGAGACUCACCUUCCACAUGUACGCAGAUCCAAACUUCGUCCGGACUUUUCUGACCACCUACAGAUCAUUCUGCAAACCUCGUGAGCUGCUGGACCUGCUCAUAGAGAGGUUUGAGAUCCCGGAGCCAAAGCCGGCGGACGCCAAUCAGACGGAGGGAGGAGAACAGCCACCCAGCGCUGAACUCAAACGCUUCCGGAAAGAGUUUGUCCAACCUGUUCAGCUCAGAGUGUUGAAUGUUUGUCGCCACUGGGUCGAACAUCACUUCUAUGAUUUUGAGAGAGACCCUCUCCUUCUGAGCGAGAUGGAGGACUUCAUUGCUUCAGUCAAAGGUAAGGCGAUGAAGAAGUGGGUGGAGUCAAUCACCAAGAUCAUCCAGAGGAAGAAGCAGGUCCAGGUGAGCGUGCCGAGUCACAGCAUCACCUUCCAGAAUUCCCCUCCUCCCAUCGAAUGGCACAUCUGCAAACCCGGAGACACUGAGCACUUCGACCUUAUGACCCUGCACCCCAUCGAAAUCGCCCGCCAGCUCACCCUGCUCGAGUCCGACUUUUACAGGGCGGUGCAACCGUCUGAGCUGGUCGGUAGCGUCUGGACCAAAGAGGACAAAGAGAUCCACUCGCCCAACCUGUUACGGAUGAUCCGACACACCACCAACCUCACCCUGUGGUUUGAAAAGUGUAUCGUAGAGACGGAGAACCUGGAGGAACGCGUCGCUGUCUUUUCCCGGAUCAUCGAAAUCCUGCAGGUGUUUCAGGAGCUCAACAAUUUCAAUGGCGUCCUAGAGGUCGUCAGCGCCAUGAACUCUGCACCCGUGUACAGACUGGAUCACACCUUUGAGCAAAUUCCGAGUCGUCAGAGAAAAAUCCUGGAGGACGCUCAUGAGCUCAGCGAGGACCACUACAAGAAGUACCUGGCUAAACUGCGCUCCAUCAACCCCCCCUGCGUCCCCUUCUUUGGAAUCUACCUGACCAACAUCCUGAAAACGGAGGAGGGAAACCCCGACUUCCUGCACAGACACGGCAAAGAUCUGAUCAACUUCAGCAAGAGACGGAAAGUGGCCGAGAUCACCGGAGAGAUCCAGCAGUACCAGAACCAGCCGUACUGUCUGCGGGUGGAGGGUGACAUCAGAAAGUUCUUCGAGAACCUGAACCCAAUGGGCGACCUGUCGGAGAAGGACUUCAGUGAUUAUCUCUUCCACAAGUCUCUGGAGAUCGAACCUCGUCAGCUCCGAUCGGCUCCUCGAUUUGCGAAGAAGUACACCUAUCCUCUGAAGUCUCCGGGGAUCCGACCCACUUCGGCCCGGCCCGGCACCAUGAGACAUCCGACGCCGCUCCAGAACGAGCCCAGGAAGAUCAGCUACAGCCGCAUCCCGGACAGCGAGUCCGAGGGGACGCCGGCCUCUGCCCCCAACUCUCCCCGUACCCCCCUGACCCCGCCCCCUGCCUCCGCCGCCUCCGCCGCCUCCAGCUCCACAGAUGUGGGCAGCGUGUUUGACUCGCCGCAAGGACCCAGCAGCCCAUUCCACUCCACCUGCGACAGCAUCUUUGCUGUGGUGUCUCUGCCGCACGGCCCACAUGGUGUCAAAGCUGGACAGCCCCCCAGCCAUUCCACCUCGUCAGCCCACCUGUAAGCUCCACCCCUCUCGUUACUCGUCACUGUCAUCAUCACCACCUGACAGCCCCCCCUCCCUGCCUCCACGAGAGCCCCUCAGCUCCCCUCUACACCUCCUGCCCCCCCCUCAGGGUCGUCCCCGCUGUGACCUCCUGCCUCAGGCUUUCUUCCCCCCCAACAUCUCUGGCCCAACUUCCAUUUGCUCCACCCCCACCACAUUGUCCUCCUCACCCCCUCUCCCUGCUCCUGUCACCCCCACCUCCAGGAAAUUACCCCUGCCUUCUCCACCCCUCCCCCCACUCCCUCCCCUCACCUUGGAUGGCCCCCCUGUGCCUCCACGUCACAGUGUUCCCAAACUCCCCCCAAAGACAUACAAGAGGGAUUCUGUUGGACACGCCCCCAUGCUGGACACGCCCUCUGUGCGAUUGGACAGCCUGGAGUUCCAGAGGGUUCAGGGACAGCUGAUUGGACAGGCUGUGGAGGAGACUGAGUUAACACUACAGCUGAUUGGAUCAGAAGAAAGUAAAAAUGUGUGAUGGACCAAUCAGGAAGCUCUGACUGCUUCGAACUGAGACUGACUGUAAAACAAAAAUGUGCUCUUAUUCUGAACAUCUCUGAGCUCAGACCUCAGAGGGACGAGACCCUCAGGUACUGGCCUGGAGCCACACAGGUACUGCAGUGGUUCAGGUGGACCUGAUGAAGAAGAUGGUGGUGAUGUCAUUAUUAGUGAUGUAAACAAAAACAAGGGAAUAAACAUUUCUUUCACUGAGCUCGAA